AUGACUGACAGAGAAACAUCCCUUUCAGAGGGAUACCAGGGCCAAAGGGGAAGGACCCCGGGCUCCAUCCAUGUCCCUGACCAGCCCUUGCCCUAUUUCAUACAGAAACAAACACAAAGCGAGAGGCAGAAGAUUGUGUCUGAAUUUCAGCAACUGCAGCAGUUCCUGGAGGAACAAGAGCGACUCCUGCUGGCCCAGCUGGAGAAGCUGGAUGAGGAGAUUGUGAGGAUCCAGAAUGAAAAUGUCAGUAAACUCUCCAAGCAGAUUUCCCAUCUCAAUGAGCUGAUCAGUGAGCUGGAGGGCAAGUGUCAGAAGCCAGCGAGUGAAUUCCUGCAGGAUGUCAGAACCACCUUGAGCAGGUGUGAGAUGGGGAAGUUCCAGCAGCCAGAGAAGAUUUCUCCUGAACUGGAAGAGCGAGUCAGUGGUUUCUCCCAGAAAAGGAUUGUGCUAUUGGAGAUUCUGGGGAAGUUCAAAGACACUCUGCCAUCUGAAUUGAAGAGAAAAAGGGGAGAAUCAUUUGGAGCAUACAGACAGGCGAACGUGACUCUGGAUCCAGACACGGCUCAUCACGAACUCGUCGUGUCUGAGGAUCGGAAAAGUGUGAGAUGGGAACGCAUAUGGCAGCGACUGCCCAACAACCCUGAGAGAUUUGACACUGAGCUCUGUGUGCUGGGCUAUGAGGGAUUCACCUCGGGGAGACAUUGCUGGGAGGUGGACGUGGGGGCUGGGCGACACUGGGCCGUGGGGGUGGCCAGAGAGUCUGUGGGGAGGAAGGGAGAGAUCAGCCGUAACCCUGAGGGGGGGAUCUGGGCUGUGGAGCGGCUGGAUCAGUUCCGGGCUCUCACCUCCCCUGUGACCCCCCUGCCCCUGAGCCGGGCCCCCAGCAGGAUCCGGGUUUGUCUGGACUGUGACCGGGGGCAGGUGACAUUUAUCGAUGCUGGUGACCAGGCCCCGAUCUUCACUUUCCCGCCGGGCUCCGUCCCUGGGGGGAGAAUCCGACCCUGGUUCUGGGUGGGGCCAGGAUCCCGGAUCCGACUGUGUCCCUGAGACACACAGCAGAGAAGGGAACUGGAAAUCAGCCUCUCUAGCCACGCACAGCUCAGUCUCUAAGACCUUGGAGGACUCCCAUCUACCCAACCUCUCACUCCUCAUCUCUAUGGCCCCUGGAAGCACCUCCCCUGCCCUCUCUGCAGCCCCAGGGAUCAGAGGGGGAAGAACCCCUGGGGCUGCAGGAGGGGCCCUGAGGGGCAGAGGUUGGGGCUGGGCAGGGGGUAGCACUAACAGCCGGGCAGGGGACAGGCGGAGGUGGAGGUGGCAGGGACACAGCAUGAAUCAAUCAGGGUUUACUGGGUUGGGGAGAAGCAGCAGCAGCCAGGAGCAUUUUGUACAGAUCUGUGUCCUUAGAUCUCACUGGGGGCUCCCAGCCCGUGAUCAGCUCAAGGGGAAGGGAUAAGAUCAGGGAGAGAAGAGAGCAGCCGAGGGGGAUGAUCUGUGACAGUGGGCAGAGACACAGGGAAAUAAAGAGGGAUGGAAAGUGAGGCUAGAACAACAAUGAAUAGAAAAGGACAGUAUGAAAGGAAAGGGAACGUGGGCGGGAUGAGGAGAUUUCUUACAUUCCUGAAAGUGAGACUGUAACUCGUUAAUUCCCUAUAUUAAUCCUUGGCCACUGGUGCUAUUUUAGAGCCAUUAAGAAAACUGUUCUCAGUAGCUGGGGAUCUCCUGGCCGUGCUGUGGUUAUUAAAGCUCCUUCUUAGCUCCUUUUACUUUGCUACUUUACAGUAACUUACUGUAAAUAAAACAUUACAAACAAUUCUUCUUCUUUGUUGCACUUCACUGUCCCAGCUGCAAGGAAUAUUGAGCCUCUGGGAAGAGAGUUUGGAUUUUACUGUGUGAUGUGUCUCUCUCUAGCCUGUACUCUGCCUCUGUCCUGU